AAUUAUUUAGGGGGAAGAAAGAAAGAAACAAAGUUGUCGACUGUGCAGUGCUCACGGGGAGGGAUUUUUAUUUAUCACGAGCGGCUCUUUUAGUCCUGCACCGGCCUGCUGGGGGUUGAUUCGAGUGUAACGGCGCGCCGGUUUUCCCCUCAGUUCCUGCUGUCCUCCCAAACUUCCCCGCUGCUUUCCUACCGAGUCCCGAACAGGAUUUCUCUUUUGAAAACGGGAAUGAUAAAAGGAGUCGAGCACAGGCGGAUGGACGGAGGAGUGUAAAGCCAGUGCGGUGUGUGCGCUUUCCGUUGGCUCGCUUACAACUAAAAUACGCCUUUUCUGUCAUUAUUUUCCCUCCUCCGAGUAACUUUCCCCCCUGAGAUGAAUGGCAGAAGUCGGGUGAGUCGACUAUCUGCGAACAAGCGGAUUUCUGCUUUUCUCGUCUACACUGGACCCACAUGAAGAGGUGAUAGCCUGCAUCCUGCUGAACCUCUCUCUCCCUCGCUCUCUCUCUCCCCCCGCUUUGUGCUUCGUUAAGAGGAAAUUCAAACCCCAGACUGGAGGAGAUCCGCGAUAGCAGCCCGAGACUUGGCUCGAGUGUAUUUAAGUCUUCUUUUUAAAAACUUUAAACAGAGACCAUGCAGCUGUGGAGCCACAUGAGGGUCCACAAAGGAGGCCCUCUGCGAUCAUAGGUCCACGCAGAAGUCUCCUGGAUGUCUGUCUCUCCCGUUUCCUGGCUGGAUUGAAUUGUGUUAGUAAUUUUUUUGUACUCCAAUGGAUUCUUCCUCACCACAGCCUACCUGUACCUGUGGAUUUACCACAUGAGGGCAGCCAGGCAGGUGUGUGUGUGAGAGGGAGCACAGGAAGGCUUAAUCAUGGACAGGCCGAUAAGCAAGCUGCUGGAGAAGCUGAAGCUAACGGACUCGGGGAGUGUGAAAUUCAACGUGUCGAAGAAAAAGCACGACUCCUCCAGCAACUCCAAUAACAGCAACGCCAACACCGGCGUCCCUGUGGGCGGCAGCGGAGGAGGGGGCAGCGUUCUGCCGCUGGCUCCCAGCUCUGCAGCUGCCUCGCCCGCAAGACCUGGCCAGUUCCCGCUUGCCUCGGCAACCACAAGUGAUCCAUGUGUGCCAGCAAGUGGGAGAGGAGGAGGAGGCGGCACAGGAGGAGCAGGAGGAAUGGGGUUGACUUCCUCUCAGCUCCUCACCACACCAUCUACUUCCUCCACAGUGGGCACCAUCCCCCCAGAUGUUGAGCAACCACCUCACCCCUCUACCUUGGCACCGCUGAGGCGUCCUUCCUCUCAGCAGCGGGCUUCCUGCUACCUGGGUGAAGGUGUAGAUUCCCACCUUAGGCGUGAGUCCGGCCUGAGUCCCGAGUGCGACCCCAUGGGAGCGUUCGGCUCCAAGGUGUCCCUCAAUCAACGUCGAUACUCAUUGGAGCUUCAGCAGCUGGUCCAACGACAGCAGCUCCUGUCCCAGCCGCCUCCACUCUCCGUCCCGCCACCAUACCCUGCUGCAUCGGGAUAUGGAUCGGCUCCCAGAGGCGGCGGAGGCGGCUUGGCUGAGCCCGGCUACCUCUCUGAGCCUGAGCGGCACAAACGCCUGUCUCUCCAGGAAACCCUGUUCUACAAGCGGCUGAGCACAGGCAACGAUCUGUGGGAGAGCACCCGGCCGGCAUCCCUCUCUCAUCCACCACAUCGCCCAUCUGAUAUGAGCGGAGGAGGUGUAGGAGGUGGAGGCCUCUUUUACCCGCCAGGGCCAACCCUGAGUCCGUGCUCAUCCUUCAGCUUCCAGGAGUCUGUGCUGGUCAGCCCCAGGUCCAGCUUUGCCUCCAGCACGGCCAGCGGAGGAGGAGGAGGGAGUCCCAUGGGGAGCCGCUGCAGCAGCAACCGGACCAGUGGCAUCAGUCUCGGCUACGACUUGCGCUAUUCUGCAUCCGGAGGCCUCCCUACCCAGCAGCAGUCCCCAUCUGUGCCGACCGGAGGCUCUGCAACUGGAUACGGAGUCCCGGGCAGGGCCGGAGUGACCUCCGUAGAGGCCUGGACUCAGUACCUGGAGGCAGGGAUACGUUCAGGUGUGUACGAUAGCCGUCACUCCUACCCGCCUGCGGUUGGGAGUCCCGCAGCAACGUGUUAUCAGACAGCUCCAGAUUGGUGGGAAGAGCAGCAAGCGGGCAUACGAGGCAAAGAUCCAGGCACGAUGGGAGAGAGGGCCCGAUACUCAGACCUGCCCGGCACCCGAUACCAGGAAGAGCUGACCCGACUUCUGCUGAGAGAUGCUGCGCUGGAGGGCGAUGGGCUGCUGGAGGGCCUGAUGCUGAAGGAGCAGGCUCUCAGCCUCACGCCUCACGCCAAAUCGGGCGUCACGCCAGCAGGAGGGCUGGCCAAACCUCAGGAGGAGCCAGGAGCCUUGCCUGGGAGAGAGGCAACAGAAAACCGGCAGGAGUUCUUUGGAACCUGCGUGAAGUGUGGGAAAGGAGUGUACGGGGCGGAUAACGCCUGCCAGGCUCUGGAAAACCUCUAUCACACUCGCUGCUUCACCUGCGUGUCCUGCGGACGCACCCUGAGAAACAAGGACUUCUACAAUGUCAACGGCUCUGUGUACUGUAAAGAGGAUUAUAUGUUUUCGGGAUUCCAGGCGGCUGCGGAGAAGUGUAGCGUGUGUGGCCACCUUAUUCUCGAACAGAUCCUGCAGGCUCUUGGGAACUCGUACCAUCCCGGUUGUUUCCGCUGUGUGGUGUGCUCCAAGGCUCUGGAUGGGGUGCCUUUCACCGUUGACCAGCACAGCAAAAUUUACUGCGUUGCAGACUACAACAAGACUUUUGCCCCGAAGUGCGCUGCCUGUUUACAACCCAUCUUGCCUACUGAGGGCAGUGAAGACAUCCUCAGGGUCGUGUCUAUGAACAAAGACUACCACUUUGAGUGCUACCACUGUGAGGAGUGCGGCAAGCAGCUCUCCGAUAAGCCCGGCUCGCAGUGCUUCCCUCUGGACUCCCACCUCCUCUGCCACUCGUGCCAUGUGAACAGAGUGUGCGCCACACAUAACGUCCCCCCUCACAACACACACUGAUCGGCUUCUAUGCAGCUGUAGAUUUAUUUUUAUGUAAAAGCUGGUCUUAAUAUGCUGUCCAUCCCCCUCCCAUUCGCUCUUUCUUUACAACAAACCUGCUGAGAUUGAGAUGUUUUCACACUUCACCUUUAUUUUGUCUGACUUGGAUCAGUUUCUGAUUGCCACAUGUACUGCCUGCUGUACUUCUUGUACUAUUACUGUACAACAGUUAAAAGGGAACAGGAAAACUACUGCUUUUUUAAUUCUUUACCCUAAUGUGGCUACUGUUUGCUGUAGAGAAAUGAGGGAUUUUUUUUGUUUUUGUACAUACAUUAUUGCUAUCAGAAGUUUUGCACUUAAAUUUGACUUUACUGUAAGAGAUUUGUUACGUGAAUCUGUACAAGUUGGAAAACACAUUACUGUAAUGAUUAUGUUGUAAUAAAUAUUUUCUCUGCUCACACAGAUUGUGUAGCUAGGUCAAAAUUCAAA